AGAAGAGGAGAGAGACCGGAAAGACUUGUGUAACCUGCACGGAAGACAGAACUAAAACCCCCUCCCUCCCUCUCUAAACCUAUCCUUCUCCUUAAAUUCAAAAAAGAAUCUGAUAAACAUACAGUAGCUCAAAAUUUCUCUUCCCUCUCUCGCUUCAGGAUUCUCUUUUCUCUCUGGACCUACUAGACCAAUGAAGCAAACCCAUCACCAAAAACCCGCCUCCUCCUCCGUCACCAAAAAUCUCCGCUCCUUUACAUGACGAAACUACCCUUCUCCUCCGUCACCCUCUUCGUUACCACCCUCACACUCCUCUCCUUUAUUUUAUCAUCUCCAUCUUUAACACAUGCCUUGGGUUCCGGCUCCACCCUCGCCAUCAUCUCCGCCACCUCCACCGUCUGUGGCCUCGUGAGUUCCCAGCCAACCCAAAGCAUCACCUGCUACAGACGAACCCCUAUGGAAGGAAUCAUCACUGUCGAACCUAACGUCUCCUUCUCCUCCAUCUCCGGCGGUUCCACCUUCUUCUGCGGCCUACGUUCCGGGGGCUACGCUUUUUUAUGCUGGGACACAAGGAAUUCGACUUUUGAUUCUCAAAGAGUCUAUAUUAACAACACUGUCUUUUUACAAAAUCUUUCUGUUGGUGAUGAUCAAGUGUGUGCGGUUGUUAAUGAUACAUUAAGUGUCAAUAAAACAGGAACUGUUAGGUGUUGGAGAGGAGAUGGUAAUAUAAGUAAUCAAUCACCAAGUGAUGGUGAUAAAUAUAAGUCAAUUUCAAGUGGGUUUGGCUUCUCUUGUGGGAUUUUAAUGGAAAGUAAUAGAAUCAAGUGUUGGGGUAAUGAUACAAUUGCAAGACAGAUUGAGCUUGGUUUCGGAGACAUGGAAAUGUUGAGUCUUGAGGUGGGUGGUUUGCAUGCUUGUGGUGUGAAUUCUAGUGGGCUUUUGGUGUGCAGAGGGGAUGAGAGUUUAGGUCAAUUGAAUGUUCCUUCAAAUAAUGUAUUGGAAUAUUCACAGCUGGCUCUUGGGGAUAGCCAUAGUUGCGCGAUUCGAAAGAAUAAUGGAUCAGUUGUUUGUUGGGGAGGUGAUGGUGAAUAUAAUGUGAAUGAGAUUCAAGGUGUUUUCUUUGAGUCUAUUGUUUCCGGGUCUAAUUUUACUUGUGGAUUGGUUUCGUGGGAUUUUUCAGUUAUGUGUUGGGGACCAGGGUGGCCUAAUGGUUCAGGGACUCAGCUUUUGGGUGAGGUUUUACCAGGGCCAUGUGUGCAAUCUUCUUGUAGUGAAUGUGGUUUGUAUCCACAAUCUGAGACAUUGUGUUCUGGUUCAGGGAAUAUUUGCAAGCCUUGUGGGUUCAAUGCUUCGAUGCCAACACCAUUGGCUCCGCCGCCAUUGCCAUUAGCACCGCCCCCAUCGAUAGUGCCUAAGUCGUCUCCGUCAAAGGAAUUGACAACUGGGUUAUUGGUGUUUGCUAUUGUUGGAUCAGUCGGGGGCUUUGCAGGGAUUUGCACGAUUAUUUACUGUUUGUGGACCGGGGUUUGUUUUGGUAAGAAGAAAGUGCAUAAUUCAGUUCAGCCCACAAUUACUAGAGAUGGGUCCAAUGGUGGCAUGACUUCAAACAAUAGCGGUCUAAUUUCGAGAUCAUCAACGAUAAGGCGCCAGAGCUCGAGGGCGAUGAGACGACAGAGGAGUGGGACGUCAUCAAAGCAUGCUGAUAGAGCUGAGGAGUUUAGUCUUGCUGAACUUGCUGCUGUCACCAACAAUUUCUCACUAGAGAACAAGAUUGGUGCAGGGAGCUUUGGUGUUGUUUAUAGAGGUAAAUUGAGAGAUGGCCGUGAAGUGGCGAUUAAGAGAGGGGAAACAGGGCAGAAGAUGAAGAAGUUUCAAGAGAAAGAGAGUGCCUUUGAUUCAGAAUUGGCAUUCUUAUCGAGGCUUCACCACAAACAUCUAGUAAGGCUUGUCGGGUAUUGUGAGGAUGGAGAUGAGAGACUUCUAGUUUAUGAUUACAUGAAGAAUGGAGCUCUUUAUGACCAUUUACAUGACAAGAACAACAUUGAAAAGAUUAGUAGUGUGAUAAAUUCAUGGAAAAUGAGGAUCAAGAUUGCACUCGAUGCUGCUAGAGGAAUUGAAUAUCUUCACAACUAUGCAGUCCCAUCAAUAAUUCACAGAGACAUCAAGUCAUCUAACAUAUUGCUGGAUGCGAAUUGGACAGCAAGAGUUUCUGAUUUUGGAUUAUCAUUGAUGGGUCCUGGAUCAGAAGAGAAUUACAAUUGCAGACCAACAAAGGCAGCAGGGACAGUUGGGUACAUUGAUCCUGAGUACUAUGGUCUAAAUGUAUUAACUGCGAAGAGUGACGUCUAUGGCCUUGGUGUGGUAUUGUUAGAACUCUUGACAGGAAAGAGAGCCAUAUUCAAGGGUGAUGAUAACGGAGGCACACCAACAAGUAUAGUUGAUUUUGCAGUGCCUAAGAUUAUGGUUAAUGAAUUGGGCAAGAUCUUGGAUCCCAGGGUAGGUCCGCCGGAGCUUAAUGAAGCAGAAGCAGUGGAGCUGGUAGGAUACACAGCAAUGCAUUGUGUGAAUUUGGAAGGGAAAGAUAGGCCAACUAUGACUGACAUUGUUGCUAAUUUGGAGCGAGCUCUGUCACUCUGUAAUGGUAGCCAUGGCAGCAUCUCAAGUGGUACAAUAUCAAUUAUUUCAGAUUGAAAUUUCAAUUUUCAAACCCAGAAAGAAAGAAAAAAGAACUAUCAUUUUUUUGGACAAUUUAAUUGGGUACAACAUUUGGGCUAUUGUAAAGAAUUAGGAAUUCCCUUUCUUCUCCCCCCCCCCCCCCCCUUUUUUUUCAUUUUUCAAUUUUAGAUGAGUUAGGAGUAUUUAUCUAACAUCGAGCUGUAGUGUAGGAUUUUGUGAGCACUGACAGCAAGGACAAUGAUUACAUGAUUUACGUUACGGGGAAUGUUCCUUCUCCUUUCUACA